CUUGUGAAAAAAGCCGCGAAAUUGACUGUUUUCGUAAGGUUCUCAUUUAUAAUUUCACUCUCUCUCCAUUUUCCUCGUGGUCUGUAACUUGCGAAGUUGAAUAUGAAUAAUUCGUCUAGAGGAAAGCUUACUGAUUUUCACGAAACCGUCAGAAAGGAGGCUGAAGAUGCGGUGAAAAAUUUCUUUCCGGACAGGGUGUUUGAACUUGAUAAGCUUCUUAAGUCCGACAUGUUUGACAAGGAUUCCAUAGUCAGAGUACAAAAAGCUGUUAACAUGCCAGUCUAUAAAAAUGAUACCGUUACUGAUGCAGAGCCAUGCAAUAAAAAGAGAAAGGUGGCAGAUGGUCAUGAUGCUCAAAUUGUUAAUCAUUCUUUGUCAUCUUUCAUUACCCAUAUUCCUUGCAACAAGUAUCUUUUGCAAGUAAUUGAACUUCUGAAACCAAAAAUCCAGACAUUGAUGGAAAAGUGUAAUACUGUGAAGAUGUGGAUUCAGUUACUAAUUCCAAGAAUAGAGGAUGGAAAUAACUUUGGUGUUUCCAUUCAGGAAGAAACUCUCAGUGAAGUACAGAGAAUUGAAGGAGAAGCAGCCACAUUUCUGGACCAGAUAUCAAGGUAUUACAUCACAAGAGGAAAACUUGUCUCCAAAAUCAUAAAGUACCCACAAUUAGAUGAUUACAGACAGGCUGUGAUUGAAUUAGAUGAGAAGGAAUUUACCAGCCUACGUCUCUGUUGCUGUGAGCUGCGAAACCAUUAUCUUUCUUUACAUGACACCAUUACAAAGAAUCUUGACAAGAUCAAGAAACCUCGCACAAAUAAUGCAGACUCCCUGUAUUAAAAGUUUUUGUUAUAACUGUUAUUUCUAUGGAACAUUUCUUUAACCCACUGAAGAUGAUUGACUUUGUUGUCACCAAUAAAUAUAGUAAACAGGAAGCUCCAUCUCAAAUACUGUUCUCCUUGGUGGUCAAAUAUAUAAUUGAAGAUUCACAUGUAACUUAAUUUUAACCAUUAGUGGCAAUAUGUAGAAACCUAUUUACCAAACCAAAGAGGACCUCUUGCCAUGUUCCUGGUUCCUACACAAAUUUUAAAGUUAAAGUUGACACAUGAAUUUGUUUUCAAAAUCUAAUUUGUGAGUUUUUUUACAAGUAUGAAUGAGUCAAAGUAUAAAUCAGAGUAUUAGCGAACAUCUUACAGUAACUUUAGUGGUGUGAGCCAGAUUUUAAAACAAAGCAUAUAAUGUGUAUGUAACAGAAGUACUUCUGUGAUGAAGUAAUUAAAAAACUUUUAGUGUUA